AUGUAUAUCCAAUGUGUGUGUUUCGCAGUCUCCGCAGGCGGGGCGCAGAGGCCCUCCGGCUCGCCUGGGAAAGUGGCGGGGGCCUGCGGGACACGAGGCCCUGGGCCCCGGACCGGUCCCGGGCUGGGAUGGGGCCGAGCGAGGGCAGCCGGAUUGGCCCUGCCGCUGCUGCUGGGGCAGCUGCUGGCGCUGGCGGGCGGCGGAGGAGCCUUCUACCUCGAGGUCCGUGAGCUGGAGGAGAAGUGCUUCAUUCAGGAGAUCCCUGAUGGCACCGUGGUCAUAGGUAACUACAAGACCGAGCUAUACGACCCUGCUAUGGAAAAGUACCAGCCCUCCCCGCAGUGGAUCAAUUUGUUCGUGUUUGUGAAGGACCCUGAGAACAAGAAUCUGCUGGCCCGCCAAUAUGGCCCUCGGGGCAGCUUCACCUUCACCUCCCAGUCUCCAGGAGAGCACCAGGUCUGCCUUCACCUCAAGUCCAUCCGGUUCGCCCUCUUCUAUGAUGGUAAACUGGCCAUUCACUUGGACAUGCAGUUGGGUGAGCACACCAAUGAUUAUACGGAACUUGCGGCCAAUGACAAGCUGACCCUGCUGCAUCUGCGGAUACAGCAGCUGGUGGAGCAGGUCGAGAAGAUCCAGAAGGAACAGGAAUACCAGAGGUGGCGAGAGGAGCGCUUCCGGCAGACCAGCGAGAGCACCAAUCAGAGGGUGCUGUGGUGGUCCAUCCUGCAGACCCUCAUCCUUGUGGCCACCGGCAUCUGGCAGAUGCAGCACCUCAAGAGCUUCUUCAAAGCCAAGAAAUUGGUGUAG